AGGCGGUUUGGUUUCUGAUCGGGUUAGCUUUCUGAGUUUAAACAGUCUAAGGCUGCAAUGAGUAUGCAACCUAUUCCUCAGUCGAAAUCUUCAUCAAAUGGAUUUCCACUCAAAAGAGGUGAAAGAGAGGAAGUAUUAAAUAAGGCAAAUACAUCAAAUACAGCAUUCAAUGGGGAAGCUGGAAGCUUGGAGAGGCCUUCGCUUGAUCGGUUAGUGUACCUCUCAGCAUGUUAUAUCGGGCAUCAUGUGGAAGUGCAUCUAAGGAAUGGAUCAGUGUAUACUGGUAUAUUUCAUGCUGCUGAUGUAGAGAAGGAUUUUGGAAUCAUUCUAAAGAUGGCAUGCUUGAUUAAAGAUGGUACUUUACGAGGGCAUAAAUCCCGUUCCGAAUUUGUCAGAAAGCCGCCUUCCAAGACAUUCAUUAUUCCGGCAGAUGAACUUGUGCAAGUUAUAGCUAAGGAUCUCUCUGUAUCCUCGACCAACAUGUCAAAUGCGGUUCAGGGUGAGAAACCAGCGGAGCUGUUGACAGACUCUUCUAUAUCACAGUCUUAUCAUGUUGAUCGGGAAAGACAGCUGCAACCCUGGGUACCUGAUGAGACUAUUCCACAGGGUGCAGAUUUGGAGAAUGUGUUUGAUAACCCUUGGAAUAGGAAAUGGAAUCAGUUUGAGGUGAAUGAGUCACUGUUUGGAGUAAAGAGUACUUUCGACGAGGAAAUCUAUACCACAAGACUUGAGAGAGGUCCUCAGACUAAACAGUUGGAAGAGCAAGCCCGGAAGAUUGCGAGAGAGAUCGAGGCUGAGACUACCCGAGAUCUUCAUGUAGCAGAGGAAAGGGGCCUUCAGCUUAAUGAGAACUUUGAUUUUGACGAGGAAGCCAGAUACUCAUCUGUCCGUCCAGUUACUGGAUUUGGUGAUAGUGGGUUUGAUGAGGAGGACAACGCAUUGCUGGAUACUUGCAACGAUCUGACUUUUGGUGGUUCAUCUACUUCUGAUGGCCAGAAGCCAGCUUCUAGUGGCAAGGGCUGUGAAGAAUUACGGGGUGACAGUCAGUCUUCUCGGAAUAAUACAAAUGUAGAUCAAAGCUUCUCGACCUCUAAAAAACAAUCCAAAGAUUUUCCUGCCGAAGGCAACAAGAUCAGUGAGAGCCAGCUAGAUGAGCGAAGAAGAAACAAUAACCAAGAGUCACACAAUAACAGAUCAGCUGAGGAAUCAACUUCUGGUCAUGGAGAUAUCAAAGAAGGUGCAAAAUUUGGUGGUGGUGCAACCUCGAUGUCGAAGGCUGUUACUGAGAGAGAAAGAGAAGCCAGUCAAGUUUCUAGUAAAACAAAAUCUGAAAGCUCUUUCGGGCAGUCGGCUUCUAGAAGUUCAGAAAGUCGCCCAGGUCCUUCAACAUCAAGUCGUCCUGGGCUAUCACCGAGCUCGUCAAUUGGAUCUAUGACCUCAUCAGAAAAGUCCACACUUAAUCCGAAUGCAAAGGAAUUCAAACUCAAUCCAAAUGCGAAGAGUUUCAAACCAUCGCAACCAGCUGCUGUGCGACCUCAAUCUCCAGUUUCAGAUGCCUCAUUCUACUACCCUGGUCCUAGUCAUGUUCCUCCUGUUCAGCAGAUGCCUGGAAUGCCGCCUGUUAAUUACGGAGUCCCGCCAUAUCCUGGCAACCAACCACCGAUGAUGUAUCAUCCUCAAACCUAUUAUCAUCCAAGUGGACAACCUCAGUACCCGCAGCAGCAAAUGAUGCCUGGCCAGCAGCAGCCUAGGCCAGUUUAUUACAUGCAGCAUCCUCCUCCUUACCAGCAGACAAUGCAAGAGUUUCAUAGCAAAGAUUCAUUGCCUUAUCCUGUAACUUCUUGGGAAAACUCUGUCUUCACCAACUCAAAUGUCCAAGGAUCAUCAUCCAUGACCGAUAACAACAACACUUUAAGCUUGACGAUGGAGAUGAUGUCUUCUCAUUUGCCUGAGAUGAAACAAACUGGUUUUCAAUUGCAGGACCAUGACUCCUCCUCUACGCAAUCCACUGGAGGAGAAUCAUAUAGUGAAGUUGCGAGCUUAAGCGAACCUAAUAAUCGUUAUGACCACAACAUUGUUGUUACUCAACUCUCAGGUUACAAAGAAAACCCGGAGAAUCCUAUUGGAAGUCAUUCGAAGUCGAAGGUGUCUCAAGAUUCAGUGGUUUUUCCUAUUGAGGCGUCUUCUUGGCCUUUACACGGCAAUGUAACACCACAUUUCAAUGGUUUCUUGUCUUUUCCGUAUGCAUCACAACACAUGGUGCAGCAUCCUCAAAUGGGAGGGUUGGUUCUUUCUAGAAUGCCUUUGCCUCACAACAUUCCAGAGAACGAACCAAUUUUCGUCAAUGCAAAACAGUACCAAGCCAUUCUCCGCCGCAGACAGCGCCGUGCAAAGCUUGAAGCUCAGAACAAACUCAUCAAAGUCCGCAAACCAUACCUUCACGAGUCGCGCCACCUUCAUGCGUUAAAGAGAGCUAGAGGCUCUGGUGGGCGUUUCCUCAACACAAAGAAGUUUCAAGAAUCAAAAUCUCCUCCAUUCUUGGGUCCACCGCAUGUCUUCAAGAACUCUCCAGGAAAGUUCCAGCAACGGGACAUUUCAAGGGGUGGGGUCGGGUCUAGUGGCUCGACAACAUCUUGCUCGGAUGUAACCGGGAACAACAACGACAUGUUCCAACAAAACCCACAAUUCGGGUUCUCAGGUUAUCCAUCAAACCACCAUGUCGCAGUCCUCAUGUGAGAGGGCUCCGGCAAGUGGUUGAUGAAAUCAUGACGGGAAGUCAUCCUUGGCUAUAUCAUUGAUCAAUUAAGUUUCUGUCUUAUAAAACCGCUCUCGUUCUACAAUCUCUACUGCAAAAGAAGUUGAAAUCUUUCACCUAUUAUUUUCCAUUAUCUGUUCAUUUUGUUUCAUGUGAUUGUUGCUGAAUUGUUUGAUACUUGAUUUAAGUUUAUUACUUUCGAUUAAGUGCACCCACAUGGAUUUGUGAUUUAUGUAUGCAAUGUAUAAUUAUUUGUUUGUUGAGCUCACUUUUGUUGCCUUUUAUAGUCCAUCUUCAAACCAAGUUUCAUGACUAUAAAUUCCUGGCAAAAAC